AUGCAUCCAGAUGCAUCAUUUCUUGUACAUUCACUACUCCUUCGGGACUCUAUGCUUCAGGACUCAAUGCUCUUUUCGUAUUUUGCAACAUUCUGGCAGGACACCAUCCAUAUGGCGUCUCCUGCUAUUCCAGACUUCGCGCAGAUCCCAGGAUUAUUCUCUCAUCCCCCACCAGUACAGCAUAGAAUACCAACUCUUCCGGACGGGCCUCCCGUUCCUAAAGGAUCACCAUUUAGGUUAAAAAGACUACGAGUCAAGUCUGAAUCGCCCGAAGAGACGGUUGAUUCUUCAGAAUCACCCAGAUUCAAAUCCGAAAUGCCUGAACCGGCCAUCGACACAAGCGUAUCGCCACUCGCGGUAAAAAGACCACGUCUCCGCUUCAAAACGCCCGAAGGAACCGUCGAUCCCAACAAGAAGACGUCACAUACGAGAUCUGUCCAUCUCAGGGUCAGAUUCAUUCUCGAGUAUGGUAACGACAGCCUUGAUGGUCUAUCAAAUACAGUGGCGCAGUAUGAGCUUUGCAACUGGGAGCCAGAUACGAAAAGAGUAGAGGCAAUAAAGCAUAUCUAUCACCAGUGGAAAAAGAGCUUCUUGGAUCUCAAAGUUGUGAGACAGCAUCUGAGGCCCGAGGAGCGCCGCUACCGGGAGCUCAAGCGUCUGGUGGAGAGGUUUGAAGAGAUGGGAUGGUAUAUUAUAAGAAUACGGGCUGAAAAUCUGAGAUUGUCCAGGCAUCAAAUGGGCGAGCUAGUUUUGGCAAAGUUUGCUUGGUCGCAUCGCAGGGCGGCCGAGCUCUCUUUCAGGGGCUACUGA